CGUCUGUUAAACAAGACUGUUGCGACAGAUCAUGGAAUCAAAACUUCAAAGAGUAUGCUACUGCAAGCUGUUGAGCAGCGUUUCAGUCACAUCUCGACAGAGUCCGUGUGCUUUCUGGCCACAGUGUUGGACCCCAGAUAUAAAGACUGCUUUUUUGACCAAGCAACAAAGAAGGAAGCAAUGGAAGUCUUAACGGCCAAAAUGAGAUCACAGACAGAAAAUGAGCCAGAGGAAGAGCCACAUGAGAAGAGAACCAGGACAGAUGACAACAACAACAAUACUUCCCUGCAGAAAAUGUAUGAAGAAAUCCUUCACGAAAAUGCCACAAACGAGCUGAACCACAGCCAAGCUGAUCAGCAGAUUCAAGCCUAUCUCUCAGAGCCCACAAUUCCUCGAUCCGAGAGCCCCUUGGACUACUGGAGAAGCAACAAAAUCCGGUUCCCACAACUUGCCCUCCUCGCACGGAAGUAUCUGUCCUCUCCUUGUACAAGUGUGGACAGUGAACGUUUAUUUUCUGCUGCUGCAAAUGUUAUUGAUGAAAAACGAAACAGACUUGGAUGUGAGAAAGCAGAGAUGCUUCUCUUUGUUAAGAAAAAUCUCCCACUGGUGCCCUCCCCCAGAAUAUAGAAAAUAUAAUGCAGAUAAUUUGACAGUGACAAGUUUGGGGGGAGGUUAGGAUAGGAAAUGUUGAGAAGAGAAAAAUCUUUGAAGUUGAAGUUUUGAAGAAUUUAAGCAUUUUAUUUUUGAAACAGAUUUAAAUAUUUACGUCCCUAAGGGAUGUACGUUUUGUUAAAAUUAAGAGGCACAUUUUAUGCUUAUUGUUGUUAGAACUUUUGCUAUACGUUUUAUGAUGGCAUAUGACCACAUGUAAUGACAUGAAACAGUGACAAGAUUGGGGAGUGGUUAGCAAAGGACAUGUUAAGAGGAAAUCAUUUAACUUUUAAGUUGAAGUUGUAAGCAUUUUUUUUUAUCUAAAUGA